AAAUUCCGUUACUCGGGGAAAAACGGAUUUAACAUGGCGCACUUUCUGGGAAAUAACUUGAGUUAGUUCGCGGCCGGUUAAGUGGAAUAUCGCUUGUUGUUCAUUUUUCUGAGGUCCAUGAAAACAUUGUUGUUGGAGAGCGCAGCGUUUCUGUGGCUGUUUGGGAAGCGAACUGCCAUGGGGUGAACGUUUUAAGUUGCUGCCGCUGUGUAUAAAGCUAGAACAGGAUGGAGAAGCAUCGACCGAAGAAAGAAAGGUUCUCUCUCUUUGGCCUUCGCUCUUCUGGCCGAAGCACCUCCUCUUCGUCCUCUACCUCUGCUCCCCCCAUUCCUCCCACUCUCUGCAAGACAGACCCUCAUCCCUCCAUCCCUCCCUCUCUCCGUAAGACAGACCCUCAUCCCUCCAUCCCUCCCUCUCUCCGUAAGACAGACCCUCAUCCCUCCAUCCCCCCCUCUCUCCGUAAGACAGACCCUCAUCCCUCCAUCGCUCCCUCCAUCCCUCCUGGGCCUCCUAUCCUUUCUAAGACAGAGUUUCUGGAAGCAGUGCGUUGCAGUAACCAGGCGUGCCAGCGGGGGCAGUACAGCCAGGCGGUGCAGCUCUAUGGGAAGGCCCUGUCUGCAGACCCUCAGAACUGCAUCCUGUACAGUAACCGCUCAGCGGCCCAUCUCCGCCUUGGACAGUACCAGACCGCCCUGGACGACGCCCUCAAAGCCCGCCUGCUCAACCCCAAAUGGCCAAAGCGCAGCUUGGGUCUCAACUGGGACCUCAGGACCGACACUUUCACCUUCAAGGUAGCCAAAGAUGAGAAGCCCUUCACACGCCGAGGAGUGCUAUCAACUCUGAACAGUCUGUACGACCCACUGGGAUUUGUGGCCCCUGUCACCAUUCAAGAAAUAGACAUUGAGCUUGAUGAUACAACCUUCCACACAGACAGCGAGGUGGUGUUAGGCUACAUCUACAAUGAGACCCGGCGUUUCUACGUCUAUGUCAGCAAUUGA